AUGUCUGGCUACGACGGCGGAUACAGCGGCGGUGGUGGCCGCGGAGGCGGCGGCUACGGUGGUGGUGGUUACGGCCGCGAUCGUGGUGGUGACCGAGGCGGUGACCGCAACGGUGGUGGUUUCGGAGGUCGAAGCAACGGAAAUGGCUACGGAGGUGGUGGCUACGGCGGCGGCGGUGGUGGUGGUUACGGAGGUGGCGGUUUCGGAGGAGGUGCUGGCGGCGACCGUAUGGGCGCUCUCGGCUCUGGCCUCAAGAACCAAGAAUGGGAUAUCAACACAAUGCCCAAGUUCGAGAAGUCUUUCUACAAGGAGCACCCCGACGUUGAAACCCGAUCUGAUGCCGAUGUUGAGGCUUUCCGCCGCAAGCACCAGAUGACCAUUGCUGGCUCGAACGUUCCCAAGCCUGUCGAGACCUUCGACGAGGCUGGCUUCCCCCGAUAUGUUAUGGAUGAGGUCAAGGCUCAGGGUUUCCCUGCUCCCACCGCCAUCCAGUCUCAAGGUUGGCCCAUGGCUCUCUCCGGUCGCGAUGUCGUUGGUAUUGCCGAGACUGGUUCCGGAAAGACCCUCACCUACUGCCUUCCCUCCAUCGUUCACAUCAACGCCCAGCCUCUCCUCGCCCCCGGUGAUGGCCCCAUUGUUCUUGUCCUCGCUCCUACUCGUGAGCUUGCUGUCCAGAUCCAAGAAGAGAUGAAGAAGUUCGGUCGAUCUUCUCGCAUCCGAAACACCUGUGUCUACGGUGGUGUCCCCAAGGGUCCUCAAAUCCGCGACCUCUCUCGCGGAGUCGAGGUGUGCAUUGCCACUCCCGGUCGUCUCAUCGACAUGCUCGAGGCCGGUAAGACCAACUUGCGUCGUGUUACCUACCUCGUCCUCGACGAGGCUGAUCGCAUGCUUGACAUGGGUUUCGAGCCCCAGAUCCGCAAGAUCAUUGGUCAGAUCCGACCUGACCGACAAACCCUCAUGUGGUCCGCUACCUGGCCCAAGGAAGUCCGUGCUCUCGCUUCCGACUUCCUCCAGGACUUCAUCCAAGUCAACAUUGGUUCCAUGGAGCUUGCUGCCAACCACCGAAUUACACAAGUCGUUGAGGUUGUUACCGAGAUGGAGAAGCGUGACCGCAUGAUUAAGCACAUGGAGAAGGUCAUGGAGAACAAGGAGAACAAGAUCCUCAUUUUUGUCGGCACAAAGCGAGUUGCUGACGAGAUCACCCGAUUCCUUCGCCAGGACGGAUGGCCUGCGCUUUCCAUUCACGGCGACAAGCAGCAGAACGAGCGUGAUUGGGUCCUUGACCAGUUCAAGACCGGAAAGUCCCCCAUCAUGGUGGCUACCGAUGUGGCCUCGCGUGGUAUUGAUGUGCGCAACAUCACCCAUGUGUUGAACUACGAUUACCCCAACAACUCUGAGGACUACAUUCACCGAAUCGGUCGUACCGGUCGUGCUGGUGCCAUGGGUACCGCCAUUACCCUCUUCACUACUGAUAAUCAGAAGCAGGCUCGUGACCUUGUCAAUGUCCUCCAGGAGGCCAAGCAGCAGAUCGAUCCCCGUCUCGUCGAGAUGACCCGAUAUGGUGGCGGCGGCGGCGGUCGCGGCUAUGGUGGAUGGGGUCGCGGCCGAGGCGGUGGCAGAGACUGGGAUGAUGAUGUCGUGUUGAGUGGUAUGAAAACACUCAACGGCGGAGAUUAG